UAUUGUAUACAUGGAUUUUUAAUUACAGUGAAUACUUGGAUAGCUAAUAAACAGUGAAUAUUAAUGGAUUUUUAAUUAAAAGUGAAUACUUUGAUAGUUGAAAAUUACUUUGUGUUACCAUGGAGAUUGUACAGUAUGUGAAACAGAUUCAGGAUUUAUUGAAGUUACAUGACAGAGCUGUUAAGCAGAUCAUUCUCUUAGAUGGUUACAUGAAUACAGCAAGUAGACAAGCAUUUUACUGUGCUAUCAAUGGCUCUUACCUUCAAGUCAUGCAUCUAAUGCUUAGGAAAUCAGUUGCUCAGGGCAUUAAGAAAAUGUUGAAAAUCUAUCGCCUACAUAAAUGGUUUGCCGUACAGAACAUUGUGCAGAAAGUGGCAAGAUAUUACCAGUGGCAGCAUGGUAUGAACAUUCUAGCAAGCAUGGAUGAGUUUUAUAGAUUUCCAGAUAUGGGACGACUCAGUAAGGAAGAUAUAGCAGCCCAGUCUUGGGCUGUGUUAGACUGUGAAUUUCAUAGAGAGGACUGAUGUUUUCCACGAUAAUUGGUUGAAAUAACCUUGUAAAGUGCUCAGUGACUGUGAUUUUAUGAUACUAUUAAGGGUCUUAUAAUUAUAUUAAAAGUUAUGAGUUAUUUUAUCAACUAUCAAUACAGGUGUUCUCAUGUAGUUGUGAAAUACAUAUGUAUGUGUAACAUGUGUAAAAUGUGUAACAUGUGAUAAAGGCUAUCAUAUCAUCAUUUAUAAAAACAU